AUGAGCGUGGAAGAGGACGACAAGAUUUCAGACAGGACUAUGCAGAACAGUUCCGCCUUGGGGCACCUUCCGGAAUUUUCCUCGGGGAAAAGUAACUUCGAAGUGUACGUGGAACGCUUUGAAGCUUUCGCAACUGCAAACAAGAAUGACCUUGUUACCAAACAGCAAGUAUUUCUCAUGCUUAUCGGGGAGGCGGCGUUCAUCACGCUUCGGAAUCUGCUCUUUCCGAUAAAGCCUGUGGAAGCCACCCACGACGACAUCGUCAAGAUCCUCCUGAACCACUACGCUCCCAGGCGUCGGGCGGUGGUGGAACGAUACAAAUUCUACCGAAGGGAUCAACGUCAUGGUGAAAAAAUCAGUGACUUUGUCGUGGAAAUCAGGAAACUGGCAGCUACGUGCGAUUUCGGCACGUUUCUAGAGGAGGUGCUUCGAGACCGUCCCAUCAUGGGACUACAGAAUGACGGAAUCCGCUGCAAGUUGCUGGCGACAAGCGAUAACAAUCUCACCCUUGGCCGGGCCUUCAACUCUGUUUUGGGAAUGGAGGCCGUGCAAGGCCAAAGCAAGGAGGUUCGACGAACAGAAGAACCCUCAGCCAGCACCAAUGUUCAAGAGGACGUCAACUGGCAGCGAAGGUCUACACAGCGACAAGGUAAAAAGAACUUUCCGGUUUCAAAGACAAAUGUCGCUUGUACUAGGUGUAGUAACGCACACAAUUCAAAGGUGUGUCUUUACUUAAAGAAAAAGUGUUUCAAAUGCUCAAGACCUGGCCAUAUUGCGAAAAUGUGUAGAACAAGUAUCAAAGCAGUAACAGCAGUAGAGAAAGCCGUUAAGGAAACUGAAUUGUUCGAAGUUAAAGCAAAACUGAAGGCAAACGCCUACUGUGGAAGCGUAAUGAUUGACGGCAAGCAGGUCGAAAUGCAAGUAGAUACGGGAUCUGCUGUUUCCAUAAUGAGUAAAAGCGCAUUUUGUAAAACGUUUGGGAACAAACGCUGUAAAGAAAGCAACGUAAGGCUAAAAGCUUACAAUGGUCUCAGAUAA